AUUACGGUUUAUCAUACAUUUAAAACAACAAAUAUCUUGUAGCGGUUAAGGUUAACGUUCCAUGAACAGUUUUUAAUAUGUUGAACAAUAUGAUAGUUACAGACUUAUACUAUAAGGAAUGGUAUGAAUAACCUACAGCAAACUGUAACAAUAUAUUAAAGUGUUCAGAUAUUGUAAAACAUUUUGAGAAGGGAAUUGGUAUCACAAUAUAUUACUUAUUUUCAACAGUUUGGCAAACGAUUGCAGGCAUUCGUUCGGGAACCGAUGCAAAUUGAACACGCUUAAAAAACAAGCAACACCAAACUGUGUACAAGUCGCAAAUCCGUGAUGAAAAGUUUCUGUUUUUUAACGUAAGGUCUGGAUUUAUAACUUUCGAUAAUUUCUGAAUCGCAAAAUUAAUAUCAUCAACAUUUGUUGAUCAAGUUAUGUGAAAAUACUAAGGUCGCAAUUUAAAGAUUUAGUCUACCUUUUGUGUUAAUUUUUUCUAGCGUGCAGGUUGUUGUGUUUAUUUUGCUAGUGAAAAAAAGUAAAAAAAAAUCUUCCAAACUGCCUAUUUUUUGUUCCCGUUUCAUCACCGUCAGACAAAAGCCGUUCCGGUAGUGUUGGACAGUGCCAACUAGAACAAACUAUCCGUCGGAAGAUACUCCGCUGAUCAUAAAGGUGCUAUGGACGAAAUUGAUCGGAAGAGUAAAAGGCCAUCCGUGAGCGGAUACAGAAGCACCAAAGUCGCCGGAUGUCGUUCCACUCGUGAUAAACAAGUUCCGGUGUUAGUUCAGACGAAAGUGAUGGCGACAACAAGGAAGGAGGGAUUCUCGAUUACAGGCGACGGGGACACAAACGAGGAGGAAAAAAGAGACGAAAGUCGGGCCCUGUCUCCGGCCAUUCGUUUAAGCCUAUCCGGAAUUGCCCCGCCAGAUCUCAACGAAAAUGACGACGAGCAAGAUGAUGAUGAAGAUGUGAUUCUGAUGGGACAUUAUUUCAAAAAUUGGACGAUAUUUUCAAGGAUGCGCAGAGGCACGAUGCCAGAUGGCCACCGGUGAAACGACGUGGUCAUUUAAAAAGAACGUUGGUGUUCUGAACUUAAUAAAUGGAUAGGAUCUAUGAAUCAAUCCGUUUGUUAGUUAGUGCAUAAAUAGUGUUUUAGAUGAAAUACAAUGAAAGAUCAAAUUAUA